CCUGAUCCCGAGUCUUCGUCAAAUUCGUUCUUGAUUCCUCGCAUAUGGCUUAUACAAGUGUUACACAGAGAUUAGAUUUCACUCCAACCCAACAACUCUUCGGGUAGGGUUUUGAUCAAUUUAGACUUCUCUUGUCAUUCUAACCCCACCGCACAGUCAAUCCACUCCUACACUAUGGUGCACUCUGACGAUGACUUAUACGACGCGGACUCGCCGGAUGAUGAUUACUGCGGCGGUGGAGACGGCGAUGUAUGCGACGGAUCGUGGAGCGACGGCGAUGCUGAUUUCGUUGGCGAUGAUGAUCGUGAUUCUGAGGUGAAUUUCACAAUCUUGACCGGAGACGACAUCGGCCGCCUCAUGGAGGACGAUAUCGCCCAAGUCAUCGCCGUCCUCUCGGUGUCCAAGGCCGAGGCUUCAGCUCUGCUCCGCCGAUAUAACUGGAGCGUCAACAGAGUUCACGAGGAGUGGUUCGCGGACCAGGAGAAGGUGCAGAAGGAGCUGGGUAUGGUAUCGUCUCGACCCCAUGAAGGCUCCGAUUCUUCUGGUUCUGGAGAAAUUGAAAUCACCUGCGGAAUUUGCUUCGACGAUCUCCCCCCAGGUAACAUUUAUGCGUCUUCUUGUAGCCACCCUUUCUGCUUCGAUUGUUGGCGUAGUUAUAUAGGAACGGCCGUCGCAGACGGGCCGGGUUGCUUGAACCUGCGGUGCCCCGAGCCGUCUUGUAAAAACGCCGUCAAUCUCGAUGCAAUCGAGCUGUUGGCUACAGAAGAGGACAAAACGAAAUACUUCAGCUUUCUCUUCCGGUCCUACAUAGAAGAGAAUCCGAAAAUAAAGUGGUGCACAGCCCCAGGCUGCGAAUUUGCGAUCCGCUUUGAAAUAGGGGGCGAGAGUCCUGACGUCAUCUGCCAUUGCGGCAACUUUUUUUGCUGGAAUUGCACGGAAGAAGCACACAGGCCUGUGGAUUGUGAAACCGUAGGUAAAUGGAUUCUGAAGAACAACGCAGAAUCAGAGAACACCAAUUGGAUUCUGGCAUACACCAAGCCAUGCCCUAAGUGCAAACGCCCAAUUGAGAAGGGAGAAGGGUGUAUGAGGAUGACUUGUAAGGCCCCUUGUAUGUUUCAGUUCUGCUGGCUAUGCUUGAAUGACUGGUCUGUUCACGGGUACAGCCCGUGUAACCGAUACAAGCCAGGGAGUGAAGCUGAAAAACAGAAGGAAAUGGCUAAGGUGUCCAUCGAGAGGUACACACAUUACUACGAGAGGUGGGCUGCUAAUGAGAAAUCAAAGAAGAAAGCUGUGGCUGACUUGCAGGAAAUGGAACAGGACAAAGUGGUGAAGCUUUGUGAAUAUCAGUCUCUGCCAGAGACACAAUUAAAGUUCAUACUUGAUGCUUGGAAGCAGAUAAUUGAAUGCAGGAGGGUGUUGAAGUGGACUUAUACUUAUGGAUUUUACUUGCCAGAGGAGGAACAGACAAAAAGACAAUUUUUUGAGUACUUACAGGGGCAAGCCGAAGAGGGAUUGGAGAGGCUUCAUCAAUGUGCCGAGAAGGAUCUCGAGAUCUACCUCAACCCAGAGGAAAGCAAUUCUCCACAUUUCAGCGAUUUUCGUAUAAAACUCACUGGUUUAACUUGCGUGACAAAGAAUUACUUUGAGAAUUUGCUCCGUGCAUUAGAGAAUGGUCUAGAAGAUGUAGAUUCACAAUCCAAUCAUUGUAGCAACUCUAAAAAUGGGGCUUCUAGUAAAAGUACUAGCAGCUCUUCAGAGCAUCCAACAGUCUCUGGCCGUAACAGGCGUGCAGCUGGAUGGAAAAACAUACCAGUUGGACAUGGCAAAGGCAUUAAACCUCCAAACCAAAGAAAUGUCAAAACAACAGGACAAAGAGACACAUCUGCCAACAACAUCAAUGCUGUGCAAAAUACAACGGCGGCUCUUACAAAGGAAAGACGAAGAGCUAUUGCGGCAAGACUCGCAAUCCCCAACUUGAAUGAAGGAGUGGUAGCUGCAGGUGUCAAUAACAGAAUAGGGGUAGAAGCGGCACAGAGAUUGAAUUUGGGAUACACAAUACCAGGUCCAACAGUCGUGGGGCCUGGACUACCACUUGCCGCCACUACAAAUGGUGUUGUAGGAGGAGUACAACCGCGGCUACUAAUGAGAAACCCAACGGUAAAUGUAUAUCCAAUCCAACCAAACACAAUUGGUCCUCUACCAGCUGGGGUAAAUGCUCCCAUUGGUCGUGGGAACUUACAAGGGAUAGUGAAUGGGGGACCUGCCGACCGGCAAAAACACCCUGUUAAUGCACCAAGAGGUGUAGGAGGAGUUGAACCACCGCUAGUAAUGAGAAACCCAACAGUAAGUGUAUAUCCACUCCAAUCAAACACAAUUGGUCCUCCGCCAGGUGUGGUAAAUGCUCCCGUUGCUUCUGGGAACCUACAAGGUAUAGUGAAUGGGGGGCCUGCCAACUGGCAAAAACACCCUGUGAAUGCACCAAGAGGUAGGAGAAGCAGCAACAAUGGCGGGGCUGGAGUUGAUAAGAGAUCCAAAGAAAGCUCUGAAAGCAUCACAACAGGCAAAGUCUUGAAGAAUAAUGGACUUGGAACAGAAAGCAGCAAUGUGGCAAGUUUGGAAAAUGCACCAUCGACUAAGUCUGGCAAUCCCUCUUCAAGCACUAGAAGUAUCACUGCUUCAUCAUCUGGCAGCAUUGCAGCAGUUAAAAAAAGACAGAGAACAUCUUCUUCCUCGAAAGAUGUAUCAGUUAUUGCAGAUCAUGAGAAUGGUGAUUUGGGAAGUUGGGCAUGUGAUUUGUGCACCUUUGUCAAUCCAAAUUCUGCUAGUGUUUGCACUAUGUGUGCUGAGGAUGCUUCAGGCAACUGGGAAUGUGAUAAAUGCACUUUUGUCAACAAGGAGCGUGGUGCUACCGCAUGUCAAAUGUGUGAACUGCCGCGAUAAAUCUUUGGCUAUCCCCCUUUUGUAACUCUCUGCUAUAAGAAUCUGGAUUAUUGAAGGUAUGGGUCUAUAGGAGGUGUCUAGCACUCUAGCCUCUUGGUAAAUAUGAAAAAGUUGUUUUUGCAGCUCUAUCAAAAUUCUAGAGAUUUCUUAUGAUAAUUUUUCCAGUGUGGAUAGCAGCUAAAUAACAUAAUCUUGUUUAUCAUGUCUGUGAUUAUUUACAUUAAUCCAAUACAUGAUUAUUUAGUCGAGAAAGAAAGAUACUCUUACUCGGUAGUUUAGUUUUGCUUUAUAUGAUAUGCGUCAUACCAGUAACAUUGUUUAAAGCAUAUUGAUGUAUGUAUGUAAAAACAGACAUACAUGUAUUUACGUGCAAAAUGUAUAGACUGAGUGCUCUGUGCUCCCAGUGUCCAGUGAGCAUUCUCUCCUAAAUCG